UGUCCACAACAAUGGUAAUGCUAAUGCUUGUUUAUGGAGUGCAAAUCACAAUAUUGUAUUUCUGAAAGCUGCUGACAGUACCUUUGUGGACUAAUAGUAGAAAGCCUCAUGUUUAGCUAAUAUUGCCUGCUCCCCAACUGGGACUGUCUCUUUGUGUGUGAAUGUGAUUGCUCAAGAAUCACAAAUGUAAACUAUUACAAGACAAAGUGACAAAUUCAAUAACCAGAUUCCUGGCCCCAUUUUAUUUAACUCCCAGAGAAAAAUUAUACACGAUUCCUUUUCACUAGUCAGUAGUGUCUGAGGAGGUCAGGGCAGGUCUAUAAAAUCAGGUUUUGCAACUUACCUUCAUGAGUAAAAGUGUAGGUGCCCUGCAAAAGAAACUUUAGGUUACUUGCGUAACCCCAAUUUGAUGAAAAUGCGAGUGGGAUGUGUCACUUAAGGGUUGUUAACAAGCCCACCAACAUUCUCGACCAUGUCUGUCUUCCUUGCAUUCAUAUUCUCAUAGAACCGGGGUUACAUUUCCUUUCAACGUGUCACUUAAGGCAUAUGGCCAACACCCGAAAUGCAGACAUGCUCUCCAGGGUAGUUCCAAUAGCAUCACCCCUCAGAGGCUUCGACACUGAGGGAGAAUGCCCCAGGAAGAUGCAAUGACAUCCAGUCGGUAAAGACUUCAGAAACUUAUGAGGGCUGGCCCAACAUGCCAUAGCGCAAAUCUCCCAUAAGGAGAUGUUUUACAACAGUGCCUAAGAGCCAUACCUCUGGUGGAACGACCCAUUCUGGGCUGUUACCUUUGCUACUAUAUUUUCCAAUGGAAUAGCCUCCACUAUCUCAAGAUAGCUGUUGGAGGUGCCCAAAAAACACAGAAGUCAUUGUCACUCUAGAGCAAUACUGUCACUUUAAUCUAAUCAAAUGCACCAGGCACAUUCAGGACACAAACGGUGGAGAAGUGAAGGCAAACUGAAGGCAUGAACGGUGGGUUGACAGUGAGUGCAGCCCACUCACUUGCUUUGAAGGCAUAGGUCAGACAGUAAAGUGGGUUAGAAAGAGAAGUAUUACAUCUCCCCGCUUUCCAGCGCCUCAAGCCCAAUAGAAGGGUCCCAGUGAUGGAGCUAAAAGCUUGGAGACUGGUUUUGUGUUAGCGACACGCACCAUAAAAACGACAUAACAGCUGUUACCCUACUGUGCAACUGUCGAGGCCUGUGUGACAGGUGAGAUAACAGUUAACUGUUCCUUUAGAGAUCUUCACGCUGUCCAAAAAGGUCCUGCAAAUGAAGCAUAGAAACCUUGCAAACAGAGGGUUAGGGUUAGAAAGGGUUAUGAAAGAUCUGUGUAAGUUACAACAUUUCUCCAAAAAACGCAUUGUCUCUUUUUCCAAAAAGUGGACGUAUAGGAGGGGCACUGGAACUCUAGAUCGUGAAAGAUUUUCAGUUGCCGGCUUGUCGCAUUCAGAUUUAUCCUCCCACUGGUCAUCCCCAGAGUACCAUGGCUACUGGGUGAGGGUGGCAAGUCUUUACGUAUGUUUGGGUCUGCAGAUCCCUGCGUAACAAUGGCUAUCAGGACUGGUUAUAAAGCAGGAGAGUGAUCUCUGCUAACCAGGGCCUGUGUUAGGUCUCUUCCCUGCCUCGCUCACUUAGAUUAAUGGCACCUGGUAGUAAAGAGAAGGUGCGUUACUGUGUUGCUCGUGCACUAGACGGUUAGAGGUGAAAAUGCCAUAAGGCGAGGGAAAUGGUUGGCCAUAGUAAAAGGGCAAAUGGCAAUCUGUCAUCUAGCUUUGUAUGUCUGAAGAGACCCGAGGGAGAGUGGACAUGCUGACUUCCAUCCCUGGAUAGAAGCUGAGAAGGUGCUGAGGGUCCAAGGGGGGUAAGAACACUUGGGGGUAAGAAUGCACAUCCUCCAUCAUCCCAUGUGAGCAAUGUCAUGCAAGUGUGCUGUUACAAAGGGAAUGUUGUUUUUCCCCCAAUGCAGAUGUUCCUCACCACUGUCGGGCGAGACAGAGAUGGGGACGGGCGGCUUAUGUUAAACCCGAGAGACGGGUUAUUGCAAUUGUAAUGGACAUUUUUACAGAUGUGGAUAUAUUCAAAGAAGCGGUUGAUGCCUCCAUCAGAGGAACUCCAGUUUAUGUGCUUCUGGAUGAAUUUCAUCUGCAAAGCUUUCUCUCAAUGGCUGAGAAUCAAGACAUCCAAAUCCCAAAACUUAGGAACAUGAGAGUACGCACAGUGAAGGGGCAGGAUUACAUCUGUCGUACAGGAGCUACAUUUCAUGGAGCAAUGGAGCAGAAGUUUCUAUUGGUGGACUGCCAAACAGUGGUGUAUGGAUCAUACAGCUUCAUGUGGUCCUAUGAGAAAAUCAACCUGAGUAUGGUGCAGGUCAUAACAGGCCAGCUGGUGGAGUCCUAUGACGAGGAGUUUCGAACGCUCUUCGCUCGCUCCUCCAUGCCAGCAGUUCUCGCCCCUCCCGAGGGUGUGCUACUAGAAAGGAAUGGAAGGCAUGCUCUGGCAAAGUAUGCUUCUCAAUCCAGCCAAGCCUUUGAGAGGAAGGACCAGUUGAGACAUACCCUGGACACAGUGUAUAGGAAAGCCUGUGAGAGACAGAUGGGCAUGACGAGCCCUAUCAGAGAGAUGGAGGAGAGACUUUAUGAGGAGGAGCCAUUUCAACACAGACCCAUGGUCAAUCAUGGUGUGAGUGUUCAAAAACACAUCCAUCAGUUCCAGUCUGCAGAGACUGCAAACUUCCUGAAAAGACACAGUUAUGCUGGGGAGAGACAAGAAGUCUUGCAUGUUCCACACAACACAAGGUAUGGGGCAAGCAACUGGAAUGUGGCUGGAGAUGAAGGUUAUCACUGCGCCCCGGGAAGAAGUCACUUUUCCAAUGCUAUGGAUGACAAUUCUCAGGGGGCACAGAUGUACAGAGGUCACAAUAUUCGGCAGUCCUACCACAGAAAUGACAAACACUCCCGCUCCAUGCAGCAGAACAUACCAACUUUGGAGCACACGGCUAAGUCCUUCUUGAGCACAUAUAGGAUAGAGUCUUACCUCAAUAACACUGACACUCCUAUUGGAGAAUCAUGUGAUUAUCUGGACCAGUAUGAAGCUCUGGAAAACAAAGCUAGCUCAUUCAUUCCCUCCAGAGUUAGGUCAUCCCUUGUUUUCAAGUCCACUAUUCCAGAGCAACCGGAGACAAACAGUUACUCAAAAAACUCUUUCAUACGUCAGGUCGAUCCCUCUGCAAGGCAAAACAAUGCAACGUAUUACUCAUCAAUGCAACGGAAUCCAGCAACAUCAAUGGAAAACAGAAUGAGACAGGAUGAGUUUAUAAUGAAGAAGCAAAGUCUGCAGAUUUUGGAUGAUCCUAGGAAUAACAUUGGCUAUGGCCCAGGAAGAGACCCACAUCAGUCUGUCUAUGCCAGCCUGGGUAGAACCAAAGGGGGACUGGUAAUCAAAAACCCUGAGCUCCUCCAAGACAACUGGCACAAAAGGCACAGUGUGGCAGACCCAAAGUCCAACAUAGACUACAGAGACAAUAAAGAGUCCUCCAGUCACAUGUAUGGUGGAGCCUUUGUGAGGACACAGGCAGAUAGUGGUGGAAUAAGAGUGGGUGCACAGAAUGGAGGAUAUUCUUCAAAUCUGAUUGAGGAUCAGAGAUCUGUCUCUCAAUAUGAUGUCAAAAACACAGUGGACAUAAAGAGACCCCCUCUUUCCAUUUGCAAAGAGCCUCCCUCCAGAACUGUGUCUGCAGCAGCCCUUGAUAUGAACAGCAAAGAGCCCACUUACAAGUCCACCAGUACAGCACUGGGCUCACCUCGUUUCCUCAAGAAGAGCUCCAAGAAAAUCAGAUCGUUGCUCAACAUACCAGAGAAAAAAGAGGGUUCCCCUCUAACCAAGGAAAAUGUCAUUCCAAAAAGGGGUGGUAGCUCAGACACCAUAGUGACUGAGGAAGAAGAACAAAGACCAAACAGAGAGAGGAAGGUUGCAUCGCAGAGUGGCACCGCAAAUCCAACCAGAUCCCCUACCAGGCUAAAGAUGGACAAGAACCACUUUGCAGAUGAUUUAGGUAAAUCCUCAGCCCCUCGUUUCAGCACUGACGAGCUGCAGCAAAACCCUCCUGCCAGAGCUACAUCCAUUAGGACACAGGGGCAGCCUACUGCCAUUGAUGAAAGACAUGAAAGGGCAAGCCUUGCAUCAGGAAACUGGCGUAGCGAUCAGGGGGGCAGUAGUCGUUUGUAUAGCAGAUUUGAGCCUUUCUGCUCAUUUGAGAAGAAGGAACCCCACUCCUUACAAUCUGCAACAGACCCUGCACCCAUACAUGCCCCAGAGAAGACCAAGAGAAUGCACUCUGCUAAAAGUAACUCCAACAAUGAACAACACAACCACACUGGCCAGCAGACAACUAGCCACCAUGAAAACAAACUGGGGAAAUUUAUACAAAGAGUAGGGAAUUUCAUUCACAAAAAUAAGUAGUAGAAAAGAAAGUUAGCAUAGUGAACCAAGCUUACUGGUUGAAUGAUGACAUUCAAAAAAGCAAUCAAAUUGUUGACAGAUUGGAAACAGUGUACUGCACCAUUAAACUUGAAAACUGUUCACAUGAAUAGCUGACAUCCUUUCAGGUCUAUUUAGAGCAAUGGAAAACUGAUCAUUACUUCAAUUAAAUAUCAAUGUUUUGAUUAUUAGUAAACUUUCUACGAGGCACAAACAUACAAGUAGGGUCCGGGACAAGGUAUCACGGACAGUGAACUCAAGUCAGAGGACCACAGCUGAAGUCAGACCAGCAGAACUGGGUCAGCAGCACAGUCAGGUGAACAGGGGACAGGGACAGACAGGUAUCGUCAGACCAGGUUGUCCUGAGGCACAGUCCUAGGGCUCCGGUCCUGUGGUAGGUGAGACAUAGCGAGAGAAAUAGAGGUCAAUAAGAGGUCAGAUGCAGGGAAUCUGAGAGGAGAGCCGGCCAAGCAGAGACCACAAGGGGUGCCACUGCCAGACUACGCUCAAUCAUAGGACUGACUGAAGAGAGAACCUACUGGGCACAGACGUCAGUUCAAUGUCUAGCUUCAUUUACAUUUGGUUGAGUUGUCAACUAACGUGAAAUCAACAAAACCUUUCACCAUGUCAUUGGAUUUAGGUGAAAAGUUGGGUGAAUAAAAUACAAAAUCCAUUACGUUGAUUACUUUUUUCAAAUCCAAUCAGUUUUCCACAUUGAUGACGUGGAAACAACAUUGAUUCAACCAGUUUUCUGUCUAAGACGAAAAGAGAAAAGCUAAAAGAGUGUGUGUGUGUGUGUGCGUGUGUGCGUGUGUGUGUGUGUGUGCGUGCGUGUGUGUACACUGCAGUGAGGAAAACACUGAACACAAUUUGUUAAAUCGUAUUUGCUCCUCGAGUCCAUAAUCUGUUACAUCAAAUGAAUGAGCCUCAUAGAAAGUGUUAUUUAUUUUUUCAAACCCAAAACUAGAUCAGCUACUCGAAGGCUGUGAUGAGAGACUAAAAGUUAACUGUGUUAGAUAGGAUCGAUUCAUUUAUUAGGAUUUAUGGUACAGUAGCUUAAUUUCCAUAUGAAACACAUUAAAUGUCAUUCAAUUUUAAAAGAUCACAAUAAAGCUGUGAUCACAGACAGUGCAAAAA